GAUGGAGAAUCAUCAAGAUUUGGGUUAAAGCCUAAGUUUGGGUUUCUCCGAUCAUCAUAAUCUGAUUCCGAUGAAACCAGAGCUUACCAACGAUGAUCAUGGCACGAUCAGCGAGGAAGAAGACUACAUUAAUAGAAAGAAACUUCGUCUCUCCAAAGACCAAUCUUCUUUUCUAGAACAAAGUUUUAAGCAAAACACCACACUCAAUCCGAGACAAAAGUUGGGUAUAGCAAAACAUCUUAAAUUAAGACCUCGUCAAGUAGAAGUCUGGUUCCAAAACAGAAGAGCAAGGACAAAGCUUAAACAAACAGAGAUCGACUGUUCGAUUCUAAAACGAUGCUGGGAAUCAUUAACGGAGGAGAAUCAACGGCUGAAAAUAGAAGUUGAAGAUCUGAGGGCCCUUAAAUUGACAAAUGGAUUACACAUGGAAAUGUCUCCUCCUAUUAUUCUAAACUUAUGCACCUCUUGUCAGAACGGCGGCGUUCACCGCCGGCGGUAAAGAUUGUAAUUUAGCUGUUCUUGAAAGGGUAAAUCUGGGAAAUUGGAUGUGUAACUAUUAUUAUUUAAUUAUCAUCUAGCUAGGAAAUAUUAGAAAGUUUUGAACUUAUUUGGAAAUAAAAACUAUGAUUUUAACUUU